GAGGAGGCGAGGGCCCGGGGCGGGAGGAAGGAAGGGGCUCCGGACGGGCCACGCCUGUCAUGUUGGCCGGGCUGCUCUUGGGGGCUGCCUGUGUGUCCCUGGUCCUCCCGGGCAGCCCGGGCAGCGCCUAUCCCGGCAGGAAGAAGCCGCACAGCUUUGCCGCGGACAGGCACCGUGUGGGGCCGCAUGUUUGCCUCUCUGGCUUUGGGAGUGGAUGCUGCCCCGGAUGGAUGCCAUCCCCAGCCAGCGGGCAGUGCACUCUGCCACUCUGCUCCUUUGGCUGUGGCAGUGGCUGGUGCAUCGCCCCCAACGUCUGCUCCUGCCGGGAUGGAGAGCAGGGCAUCACCUGCCCAGAUCUGCCUAGUGCCUGCGGGGAGUACGGCUGUGACCUCACUUGUAACCAUGGCGGCUGCCAGGAGGUGGCCCGUGUCUGCCCGCUGGGUUUCUCCAUGGUGGAGAUGGCCAAUGGCGUGCGCUGUACAGACAUCGAAGAGUGCCUGAGCGCCUCCUGUGAGGGGCUGUGCGUCAACACUGAGGGAGGCUUUGUGUGUGAGUGCGGCCCAGGCAUGCGGCUUUCUGCUGACCGGCACAGCUGCCAGGAUACGGACGAGUGUCUGGCCACUCCGUGCCAGCACCGAUGCAAGAACAGCAUCGGCAGCUAUCGGUGCUUCUGUCGCCCUGGCUACCACCUGCACGGCAAUCAGCACUCCUGCCUGGAUGUGAACGAGUGCCGCCGGCCCAGCGAGAGGCGUCCGUGCCAGCACGCCUGCCACAACACACCAGGCAGCUUCCUGUGCACCUGCCACCCUGGCUACCGGCUCAGCGGGGACAGGGUGUCCUGUGAAGGCUUCCUGAAAACCAUCCCAGCCCCAUCUCCCAUCCUGCAGUCCCUGCAGCACCCCCCAACUAUGCUGCUGCUCCCUCCUGACUCUGGGGGACCCCUGCUAGCGCCCAGGGCUUCCCCUCCAUCACAAGCCCCUGCCCCNGACCCCAGCCCCCGGCCCCCUUCCUUGCUGACUGCCCCACCACCCAUAUUCCCCUUGCUCCCGGCUGCCACCGCUGCCCCUGGCGCGUUCUCCCCACUGCCGCGAUCGCUGCUCCAAGGGGAAGUCCUAUCGCCCUCGCCUCGUCCCUCUGCUUCUCUGCCGCCCGCCCUUGCCACUUCGCCUCCCCUCUGCUGGCACCAGGGGGCACCGCGGGAGCACAGCAGCCAUUGGACGGAGCCUGGGUGCCUGCACUGUGCCUGCGAGGGGGGCCAAGUGGUGUGUGAGGCGGAGAGCUGCACAAUUGCCUGUUCCCACCCGUUGCCCCCAAAGGAUGAGGGAUGCUGCCCCAGCUGCACAGGGUGUUGGCAUGAGGGGGUUGCCCGGGCCGAGGGGGAUGUUUUCUCUGUGGCUGACGGAAAUUGCACAGUCUGCAUGUGCCUGUCCGGCAAUGUGUCAUGCAUCUCCCCUGAGUGCCCUCCAGGCCCCUGCCCCAGCCCUGCCCAGACCAACUGCUGCUCCUGCCAGCCAGCCACGUGCGAUUUCCAUGGGCACACAUUCAUGCACGGAGCCGAGUUCAGCUUGGACGGAGACAAUUGCACCACCUGCAUCUGCCGGAGUGGUGAGGUGGAGUGCUCCUUCGCCCCCUGUCCCGAGCUGGCAUGUCCCCGCCAGGAUUGGCUGCUGGCCCCGGGGCAGUGCUGCUUCUCCUGCCGGGAGCCUGCACCACUGUCAGGUUGCUUCGUGGAUGACAAUGGGGUAGAAUUUCCGAUCGGACAGAUCUGGUCUCCAGGUGAUCCCUGUGAGUUAUGCAUCUGCCAGGCAGAUGGCUCAGUGAGCUGCAAGAGGACAGACUGUUUGGAGACAUGUCCUCACCCCAUUCAAAUCCCUGGCCAGUGCUGCCCAGACUGCUCAGCAGGCUGCACCUACAUGGGAAGGAUCUUUUACAACAACGAAACCUUCCCUUCCGCUCUAGACCCCUGCCUCAGCUGCAUCUGCCUGCUGGGCUCUGUGGCUUGUUCCCCUGUGGACUGUAUCAUCUUCUGUAUGUAUCCGUUCCACCCAGAGGGAGAAUGCUGCCCUGUCUGUUAUGAUUGUAACUACGAAGGCAGGAAGGUGGUGAACGGACAGACGUUCGUACCGGAGGGUGAGCCCUGCAUUCACUGCACUUGCCAGUUGGGGGAGGUGAGCUGUGAGAGGAGGCCCUGCGCCCGCUCCUGCACUGAGCUGUUGGCGCUCCCGGCUGCCUGCUGCCCUGCCUGUCACGACGCCCCAGUCCCUCUGGAGGGCAGUCCUGUCCCUGUCCAUGCAGACGACGCAGAGGCUCGGAAAUCCCCAUCCCGCAAUCCCAGAGAGAACUCCAUGGACCAGCCCAGGGCUAGUGACUGCCGCCUCUGCCGCAAUUCCCCAGCUCCUACUUCUCCUAGCCCAGAGCGCCAGCUCCUCGCAGCAAGGAACAUGCCCCGCUGGGACGCUGGGCCUGUGAACAUGGGUCGGCCCCUUCCAGCUGGGCCCCCUCCAACUGGGCCAGGGUCCUUGGGAUCCCGUAUGGCUCCCUUAGAGGCUUCUCUGCACCCCACCGUUCUGAUAGAAACCUCUGGGCCAGUGACUGCAGUUCCAAGCCCUGAUCAGCCUCCUGCACCCACCCCUGCAGGGCCCAGAACUGCCCCCGGACCCUUGUCCCCCGUGCUGGCUUGGUCCUUGCUCCUCAGAAGCAUUCUGUGCUCCCAUCAGAGGGAGUGGAGCCACGCUCCCGUGAGGAGAGCACGCCUGGCUGGCCAGCUGCGUAGUGCCCCUCGCCGAGAGGAUGGGGAGUGCCAGGCCUGUUGCAGCAGCAUGAGGAGGAAGAGGAAGCUGGCAGGGAUGAGCUUGGUUGACUGGGGUGGGGGAGGGAAAGGAGGCGUCACGUUGUUCUGAGCGGCAUGUAUGGUAAGAACCACUGCCUCUUCCCAUGUGCAUGCCUCGCCUGCUCCCUCCUUGGAUCCCGCUGGACAGCAGACACCUCAGAAGGGCAAAGUGUGGGCAGCUCUGCACCCCGCAGUUGGGGAGGAGGCGCUUUGGCCCUGGCCUGGCUGCCUGAGCAAUCCCAGGAGAUGAGGGGUGCCAUGAUGCUCUGGGAGGACAUGGUGCCUAGCUGAGAUACUGUGACUCAAGAUUUUCCAGGCAUACGCGAGCUGCCAGCCUCCUUAAAACCAAAGUGUGGGAGGAGAUGGGGAAGGGCCGAGAGCAUGCCCAGCUGCCUGCAUUGGGUGGGACGCACCCACCUCGUCCCAAAGGAUGAUCCCUGUGCAGGGCUCCUGAGACAGGUGAAUUGCCCCACUCUUUGGGCUGGUCCCUGUGUCAGCCAGGCCCAGGGCCCCUGGAUCCAGCCCUGAGGUCUCCCGCCAUUUCUUGCAGACUUGUGUUUAAACCUUAGAGCUGAGAUUUCAAAACUUCCUAAGGAAUUUGAACACCCAGUUCCCAAUUGGGCAUCCGGAUCCCCUGGGCCAUUUGCAAUUCCCACUCUAGAUUCCUUGGGGCUGCUGGGAGGCUUUCCCAAGCUCCCCCUGAUGGACAGGUAUCUGAUCACCUAUCAGGGCCAGCCUGCCCAUUCUACCGUGAAUAGUAAUAAAGUUUUCCCUACUAGUCCCAGCAUUCCCUGCUGCCACCUACAGCUGGCUCUGGCCAUGGGGACGAGUGCGAACUGGGUGGGCUCAGCAACCCUAGGGCUGAUACCCUUAAUGGUGAGGUGAUGGCCUGGAGGUGGCAGGUUCUUCCUCUCCUACCACCAUCUCCUCAGCCAGUCCUGGAUUUGGCAAUUCGUGCAAUGGCUGAUCUCAGCUGGGGAGGGGCUGCAGGUGUCUGAUAUGAAGGGGACGUAGAGUGGGGAGCCUAUUGCCGGCUUGUUCUCCCCAAGCAACUUCACUCAGCUCCUGGCCAGGAUGGGGGAGAGGAUGGGUCCCUGCAGGAUCCGUGGCUGGGAGCAGGUAUCUUCUACGUGGUCUGGGAGGAACGAUCUCAGCCUUAGACAAGGUUUUUCCCCAGUGCAUGGGGAGCUCACAUAGACUUUGCUCAUUCCUCUGCGAUGGGUGAAGGAUUCCAGAUCCCAGGCCUGUCAAGGCAGCGCCCCCGACUAAAGUCAUUUCACUUAGUGUGUAAUACCAUCUGUCGCCACUGGGUGUCAACACAGGCUGAGUUCCUUGGGGACGGCCCUUAGACAGAAUCCAACCUGGCCAUCAGCCCCUGGCUUCCAGAAGCAGCUGCUUAUGUUCUGAGUGGAACAGGCAAGUCUCCUCUUCUUUGCCCAUGCAGACGGGCACCUGGGGCUGUGGCCGCCACCCUCGGGCACCUGUGCCUUCCCUCUGCCUGCACAAAUGUAGGAUUUGGGCUCACACGUCUGAACUUUGGGCCAAAACUGCUAAUCAGUUGCACAUGGAGAUCCGAACCCCCACUGGACUUGCCGCACCUCGAUCUCCCCUUCUAGGCCCUAUCACUAGCCUAGUUCCAACUCCAGUCCCAGCAGGACCCCAGGUCACAGGAUGGGGUAAUUUAUUAUUUAUUUGUAUUGUGAUGGUAUCUAGGAGCCCAGUCACAGGCCAACCCCCCAUCACCAUGGCCACCCGGGGGGAGGCAAGUGGGGCAAUUUGCCCUGGGCUCCGCAGGGGCCCCCACGAGAAUGGCCGAGGCUCCCUUCCAAGCCCCACCUGACCCCGUCUCCGCCCCUCUCUCAGAGCCUCAGCGCAUUCAGCAGCAUCCCUCGACAGCUGCAGCGUGGCUCCAGCGGGGCCUCUGAGCGCUGCU